CGCUAAUCCCCACGGUAUUUUCCCUCGUACAUCCCUCCUCCCUCCUCACUGAGUCCUAGAUUAUAGAGCUGCUCUGUAAUUCAUUUCAUAGGCCGCCACUAGAUUUAGUGUCGUCUGUUCCUCCCUCUCUUCCGUCCGCCAUACCUCGUCUUACUCUAUUCUUGUCCUCAGUGUUCUAUGCUACCGCUCCGGUCGCUUUAUUACGAUAUUUUGGUCUCCUGGGGAAGAUGUAGGAAUACGAUAUCAAUAACAAUCACAAUCACAAUUGCAACGACAAUUGGCAGUUAUAACUCGCUCCUUCGUUCGUACGGUGGAUGUUGGAUGGACGAUCGGUUUGCUCGCUGCCUGGGCACACGCUGGCCACAUCGUCCCCGUACUUUUGCUCGUACUUGCGCCAGCGGAAGCCAGUCCGGGUGAUGUUCCACUUGUUGGCCAGGGCCACAACAUGCAUCCUAGACCGGGAACUGAUCUGUCUCUUGGGUCGACAUGUAAUAGUGCAAGCAAAACUGGACGAUUGAGUAUCGAUGUUGACGCUCAGUUACCAGACUACUCGCAUCCCAGGUCGUUUCCAUUCCAUCGCCUCUCCCCGCUGUCGCUGUCUGCGCCGCCGCCAUCGCUCGUCCUCGGUCGGAACCGUUUCCUCCUGUUGCCCCCCCACUUGCCCAACCUUCGACCUCUCAGACUUCAACGUCUACACUCUCACCCUGCUCACUGAAGCCGCAAAAGACUAUGGUGUCAGACGAACUCGCCUCCGUGGCGCCCUGCACGUCCACCCACAACGAAUUCGAUCCCAUCAAGCGCGAUAUGGUCAAUGAAUCCGCUGGGAGGUUCAUCGGUCCAAUGCAUCCCAAAGAGUUUCUGCGCAGAUACGUACCUGCCCCACCCCCUGACAAAGAUGGGAAAAAGCGCGUCCGACCGCCGGGCCCUUAUUGGGAAGGACUGAGCGACGCGAAGGUCGAGAACGACAUGUAUCUACUAUACAUCUCCACUUGCGAGAUGUUGGAUCCGGAGGGCAUCAUGAAAUAUGUGGACACCUCGGGCGUCGUCGAUCCGCAGACGGUGCCCCCUGACGUCGAAAACCGCAAAGGCUUGAAGCCCGACAUCAUGGUCUACGACAGGUCCAUGCCGCGUCCGGUCAGCCCCACCACGAAUUUUGCUUGCUGCGACCGGUACGACGAGAUCAAGAUCAAAUCAAGCGACGACCCGUUCUGCGACAUUGUUGACAAGACGUCUACCGACGCAUUCCCCUUUGAAAGGGCGUCAGCGAACGGGAUGGACACUCGCGGCCAGAUCUGCGCGUACACCAGUGCCCUCUUUCAGCUUCAGUUUCGGUUCUUUGCCUUCUCGGUCCUCAUUAUCAAGAAUCGUGCUCGACUCAUUCGAUGGGACCGCUCCGGGGCCGUCAUCACGAAGGCCUUCCUCAUACUGGGCCGGCCCUGGUUGACCGAAUUCAUAUGGAGGUAUAACCAUCUCACCCGCGCCCAGCGCGGACACGACGACACCGUCGAGCCAAUUCCCGCUUCCAAGCCCGAAGUCUUGGAAGCUCGCCUUGCGCUCGACGACGGAGAGACGGAGUUCGAAGAGACAGGACAGCUUUACUACAUCCGCAUGAGGCCUCCUGCCGCUCCCGCUCCUGGUCCGGACAUUCAGCCUACGAAAUCGUUCUACAUCGACCCGCAAUCCCCUCUCUCCGAAUUUGAUUUCAUCGUCGCGGCGCCGAGGCUCAUGUUUGACCGAGGUCCCUUUGGACGGCGGACACGCCCGUUCCGCGCUUACCACUGUCUGAGCCAACGCGUUUGCUUUCUCAAAGACACACACCGGGUCGUCUCCUCUGACCAUGAAGCGGAGCACGAGAUCCUCAACAAACUGCAUAGUAAGGGCGUGCAGCGCAUACCUACCGUGUACUGCGCCUGGGAUGUUAUGCCACAUGGCGAAUCCAGCGACACCAUCCUCCACACCGCCGUCGAUGCUGCCGGCCUCUUACUUCCUAGGGGCGUGAGAUACUUGUCCAGGAUUCGAAGAGUUCUCCGUCCAUACAGGCUGGUUUCGUACGAGGUCGCGACCAAACUCUGGAGGUUCAAGUGCUGGAAGCAAGUUAUUCAGGUUAUAUAUGAUGUCCUCCAAGUGCUUGCCAGUCUCGAGGAGGCCGGGUAUCGCCACUGGGACAUCAGCGUCGGCAACGUCAUGAUCUACGAGGAUCGCGGUUUCCUCAUCGACUUCGACAUGAGCCAGCAGAUCGAACGCCUAAACCGGGGUCAACCGAGAGCUGUCGACCAAACUGGCACUUGGCAAUUCAUCUCCGCCGCAAGGCUGCAGGACCCGGCCGCACCACAUCUCCUUGUGGACGACAUGGAGUCGCUAUUCUGGGUUCUGCUCUGGCUCGCGCUACACCACAGUAGCCAUUCGGUCCGCCAUACAAGACUCCGCUCGCUGUUCCAUUAUAUCUUUGAUGAGCUUUCCGUGCAGACGGAAGGUCCACCUCAGGGCGGUGCUCACAAGCUGUUGAUACACCAUGAAGGAUUGGCCCAUGUACCGACAGCCUUCGCGCCCAUCAAUUUGAACAGCGCCCUCAACGACAUGCUCGAGUUGCUCAGGCCACGUUACAAAACGCGUUUGGUGUGGGUCCCGGAAGACGCUGCGUUCGAUGCGGAACGGAAGGGGUUUCUGGAGACGAACGAGAAGAUUCUAAGUUUCAUUGCGAAGACGACUGCGCUUUCCGACAUACUCGAGCCAUACUUGACGAUGACCUGGCAGGAUGACGACGGUCCGAUCGACAACCCGUUCCCACGCGAUGCUCACUACGCCUACAAGAGGGACUCGGAGUCGGCCUAGCUCAACGAGGACGAAAAGGUGGAGGAUUUGGAAGGGGGCAGGACGCAGGACACUAUACCGCCGCGGAAGAAGAGGAAAACGGAGGAAGGGUCAAGUUCUGAGAGCGAUCGUACGGUGCUUACCGAGGUUUGGGAGGACGAGUGCCCGGACAGCAAUGGAGUCCGAGGGAGAGAUGGAGGAGGUUAAGUAGGACACGAAUUUUGGUCAUGGUUCGCCGCAUCGUAUUAGUAGCGUAGUAAACUCAUGUAUAUACAAUAUCCACCCUCCUCUCGGACUGACCAGAUCUACAGCCUGUAACUUCGGCGAGCUCGUCUGGCGGUUCCGGUGGAGGGCCGGCUGUUUGCAA